ACUCCCAUUCUCACCGUGCAUGCGUGGCUCAGGGAGUGCGCAGCGUGGCGAUCGGCGCAGUGCCACCUGUCAAAGUCCAUCAGUGCCAGCUGUCAGUGUGUCAGUGCCACAUCAAUGCCACAUAUCAGUGCAUACCAGUGCACAUCAAUGCCACAUAUCAGUGCCCAUCUGAGCUGCCUUUCAGUGUCAUCCAUCAGUGCCAGUCAGUGCCACCUAUCAAUGCCAAUCAGUGCCAGAUAUCAGUGCUGUGCUGCCAAUCAGUGCAACCUAUCAGUGCCAGUCAGUGCCUCCAAUCAGUGCCAGUCAGUGCCACCAAUCAGUGCCAAUCAGUGCCAGUUAGUGCCGCCUAACAGUGCCAGUCAGUGCCGCCUAUCAGUGCCAGACAGUGCC